CGCGCGCACAAUUAUAAAGCUCAUAUAGACGCUGUCUCAUUACUUCUCACCCUGUGCGUGCAUGUAAGCAGCUGUCAUCAAGAUACAGCCACAAAUUACGCCUGAAACACACAGACCUUCAUCGUAGUGUCAACGCAUCUGUGACAGGCAGGCAGCGACGUUCAGUCUUUUCCUCCAUCCCUCCCCCAACGCCUCCCAGUAUCAGGGAUGCAGCGACACAUCAAAUGCGUGGUUGUUGGCGAUGGGGCUGUUGGAAAGACAAGUCUUUUUAUGAGUUACACAAGGAAAAUGUUUCCUGGCGAAUACAUACCCACAGUGUUUGAUAACGACAUAGCCCACGUGCAUGUCAACGGAGAGCUGUACGAGCUGGGGCUGUGGGAUACAGCCGGCCAAGAAGAUUACGACCGCAUCCGGCCGCUGUCAUAUCCAGGCACGGACGUGUUCCUUUUGUGCUAUUCGCUCAUAAGUCCUUCCAGCUACGAAAAUAUCAAGCACAAGUGGCACCCGGAAGUGCGUCACCACUGCCCGGAUGUGCCCAUGUUGCUGGUCGGCACCAAGCUGGAUCUGCGGGAUGACAAGGAGACUGUGCAACAGCUGCGAGCCAAGAACCUGGCACCCAUUUCACACUCCGAGGGUUCCACGCUGGCGCAGCGUAUAGGGGCUGUCAGGUACCUCGAGUGCUCCGCUCUUACAAUGAGAGGAGUAAAGGCUGUGUUCGACGAGGCGGUCAAAGCUGGAGUUUUCAAACCAAUAAAAAAGCCCCGAACAAGACCCUGCGAGGUUCUGUGAAAACGAGGAUGAUCCACGUUGGCAUGCGUUUUAGGCAUUUUUUGACAAUCGCAAUGUUUGCCGAGAAAACAAAAAUCUCACGGACAUAUUGCCACCUGCACUAGUCAUUUUAAGAUGAACUACCGAGGUUGUGUGCCUUUGACAAAAAGGUUUUAUGUACAUGAUAAGUAUGUCUAUGUGUCUUAGCGGAUGACUGAAGCAACUAUAAAUGAAUGUACGGAGAAUGUGAUUAUGUGCGUAUGAGCAUGAAUUUGUGUGUGUGUGUGUGUUUUUCUACGAGUGUUCAAUGGGUGUACGCAAAUCCUGGCAAUAAAUAGGUGGCUAAGGAUAAAGAGGGAUUAAGAGGAAGGGAAAAGAUAUUAGGAAUUGUGGUAUUGAGAGAACAAGGCACUCACUUGGUUGUGCAUACAUUGUGUAAAUAUACAAAUGUCUUUCGUUCCAAAUAAACAGUCACAGUUCAGAAGAUA